AAACUGUAGGUUUUGUCAUGUGAUUUCAAAAUGUCGGCACAGAAUGUUUUACAAAUAUUUCUCUGUUUUCAAAGUUUUCUGAUAUUUUUAUCAGUGACAAAUCAUUUUACACAUGGAUGUGGUGUGAUAACUCAUACCAUAAUAGUGGAAAGAGCGAAAUACAGCUUUCAGGAAAGUUCUCGAUACAGAAAGCUUAUGGAGAUUCAUCAAGAUGCAUUUUAUGGAGGAGCCCCCUAUCCAGACUCUUUCUAUGAUGACAUUUGUUUCAAAGGUAUAUAUCAUGGUGUAUCAGAGGACACCCACUGGGGGGAAUUCCUGAAUGCUACCAUUAACUACAUCAACAAACAGCCCAAGCCUUGGGAUGUGGCAACAGAAAAAUUAUUUGUCUUCAUGAUGGCUUUCAUGUCACAUCAAGUCGCUGACAUAACAUGGCACAGCCUGUAUCUAGACCAGGGCUUCUUACCCACCAUGGGAUAUAUGAAUUUCCAUGGUUCAUAUUCAGAAGCUCACCCUGUCGGAGACUUUGGUGGAGAUGUGUGGAAUGCUUAUACUAUGCUGUCAAAAGAUGAUACCCUCUACCCUGAAAAAUACUGGUAUGUCCCUGUGGAUGAUCUUUACAACAUUUAUCGGGAAUUCUAUGGACAAACAAGAAUUGAUAAGGACGUCAUCACACUCUGUUCAUCACAACUGUUGCUGGAAGGGAUAGCAGAAGUUUUGCUUGGAGCAGAGGCUUUCCUUACAAUAGCCAAUGACAGCAACUUUUUGAUAGACAAUAUGAUGGAAUAUUUUCAAGGUGGACUGAUGGAUAUGGCCAGCUUAACGACGAGAAAAUGGAAUGACGCCAUUACCAUGAUUGAGAAAGGAACACGAGCUUGUGAUGUACCUCACAGUACAGUGUUCAUCAACUGCUCGAAAUCGACAGUUAAAACACGGUACAGAUCACAAAAGAUCAACAAGUUAUCCUUCCGAAAACCCAGGCUGUAUGGUCUUACCACGGAGGAUCUCAUCAUUACACCCGUCCUCAGAGGGGUCAAAGUUCAGAUGACAGAGAAGUUGAAGUCCAAAGUAGCUGAGUCACAGAAAAAAAGCAGCUAUCUCCACAGAAAGUACUCUGCUGACUUGUAUCCAGCACACGCCAGACAACCAAAUUUUACCAUCGACUUCCGAAGUUCCAGGAGUUACUCACAGUUAGGAUGGUCAGUGGUUGCUAAGGACCUGGAUAGUGAUGGCAAUGAAGACCUAGUGAUUGGUUCUCCUGGCCACAGCGACAGUAAUGAGCCCCAGAGAGGGCGGGUCUACAUACUGUACAGUGGAAGUCGUGGAUUGGAGACCGGCGGACAUCCCUAUGUAGACAUAGAUGAUAAAACCCUGGGGUACAACAGAAUACUGGAGGGAAAUUCAGGGGAAUAUUCCAGAUUUGGUUACGCUGUUGCCGUGCUAGAUGUUAACCUGGAUGGUAAUAUGGACAUAGCAGUGUCUGCCAGCUCACUCAGUUACAAAGGUUUACUGGAUUAUAAUGGUAUUAUUUAUGUGUAUUUUGGAUCAGGGGGUCAAAGGUCAUGGAAAACCCAGCCUGAUUUGGUCAUCACGUGUCAGCUGCAGUUUUGUAACCUCGGUUCCUCUCUGACAUCGAUAGACUUGAAUAGUGAUGGGAAGGACGACCUUCUGAUAGGGUCACCGUUUGCUAGCGUUAAAAAUAGGACUCAGAAUGGCAUGGUAACUGCACUGUUGUCAUCAAAAAGUCUGGUUUCAGGCACAGUUAUACCAGCUGAAAAGUUACUCCAAAACUGGAUGUUAUUUGGUAAUCAGUCUUACAGCUGGUUUGGGAGUAAACUAACGACCAAGAAAGAUAAACUGAUGGUUAGUCAACCUUUCUUCAGAAUAUGCUCAAGUUGUGAGAACUACUCACCCACCGAUGUCCAAAGUGUUGGAAAAUUAAGCAUCUAUUCCACUGGACAGAGUAUGCCCACAUCCCCUGGAUUGACCAUCACAGGCCGGAGAAGAUUGGAAAUGGCUGGCUACAGCAGUGAUAUAGGGGACCCGUUCGGUAACGGAUCCUUCGUUGUUGCCGUGGGGUUGCCGGGGAUGGACGUGGAAGGGAGAACGUAUGCCUCCUCUGAGAACUUCGUUCAAGGAGGCGGAGUUCUGCUGGUGAACUCGGACAUGCAGGAAAUAGCUUUCUACACGGGAGAUAGGAUGUUCAGCAGAUUUGGAAGUGUUGUCAAGUUCAGUGAUAUUAAUGGGGAUGGCAUAGAAGAUCUAUUGAUUUCAGCCUCAUUCCGAAACGACAACCCGAACAUUCUUAUCAACUCACGAAUAAAUGGAAAGGUGUAUGUGUUCUACGGGGGCAGAAAUUUUCGAAUGAACAAUGCUACCGUUAUCCCAGAUUGUGGGAUUAUCUCCCCCUGUCCUGCAGAAGUAGCCAAUCAAACGUUAGGCUCUGGUUUGGAUUUUAAAACAGACUUUGGACACACAGUCACAGUCCUGAGAGCCAAGGAACAGAUUCAGGUGAUCAUAUCUGCCCCUAGGAAUGGAGACGGUGUAAAAUCAGAUGUCAAACAAUCCGGAAAUGUUUAUGUGUACAACACAAAAGUCGAAUCAUAGUGCCAAACUAGAAAAGACAGUCGUGAAAAAUCUCAUUAUUCCAUAACUAAUGCUGUGAUAUAUACGCGAGUUAAUUUAUUCAUCAGUUUUUAUCAGUGAAAUUGUGACAGUGAAUAUCUGUAUCAUGAUCAUUGAAUUUACAAGUUUUGAUAGUAAAUAAUGAUGAGUGGGUUUUUUUUGUAUGUUUAUAUUUUUAAGAUUUUUAAUUGUAUGCUUACCAUAACUUAUCUCAUUCCAAACAACCACGACUGUGUUCGUCUGCUACGACUUUUAGUCCAGUGUCACAUUUUGAUGUUACUGUUGAUAUUUUUAUGUAAUUUAAUGCAUACAGAGGGUGCAUAUUCAGCUUUAUUAUUCAAACUGUUGUCAUUUCAACAACAAAUGUGAGAAAAUUUCAUUGAUAUUUCAUUAAUAAAGAAGAUCUGUGAAUGUUGAAUGUGAGUGAACGGAAUGAUGUGACCAGGUAGUUCAUUUGUUCAGUUGAAAUGUGGUGGUCUCCAAUACUUGUGUUGAUAAGCAGAAGACUGGCUGGCAUUGUGACCGUUUUGUAUGCCUUAUACUGUAUACACAAUAUACUGUAUAUAUCUAUUGUUAUGACAAUGACUUUCCUCUUUUUUAUUGUUGACAAUCUUAAAACUUGUUUCAAUAAAUUCUUUUCAUGAAA